UUUCGGAUCUGCUGUUUUCGGGUUUCGGUGCAGCCGCGAAUCGGAUCUUUGUUUCAGUUACUCGAGAAGCGGCGAUAUGAGCGGCAGUCAACUUCUUCGCGCCCUGCGACGAUCGCUGGGAUUGGGCAGGCACCAGCUGAAGGUCGAUAGCCGGCAUGUGGUGCUGAUCACGGGCUGCGAUUCGGGAUUGGGCCACUCCAUGGCCGUUUACUGCCACGAAUCGCUACACAUGACCGUGGUUUCCUGCUGCCACAACAUCAAGUCGGAUGGAGCUAAGCUGCUGCAGAGCCUGGGCUCGCCCAGGAAUGGACUCACCAGGAUGCACACCCUGGAACUAGAUCUACUGGAAGCCGAUUCCAUUCGCCUGGUGCAUCAGCAGCUGAGGGACAUACUGGCCAAAGACCCCAGCUAUCGGCUAACUGCGCUGAUAAAUAAUGCAGGAGUAAUGUGCUUCGGGGAAUUCGAGUGGCAGCUACCGGAGCAGAUCGAGGCGCAGAUCAACUGCAAUCUGCUGGGCACGAUGAGGUUAACACGCGAACUGCUGCCCCUGCUCCGGCAGCAGCAGGGCCGGAUCAUCAACGUGACCAGCCACUGUGGACUGCAGGCUCUGCCGACUCUGGGUCCUUAUGCCGCCUCCAAGGCAGCGCUUCGCUUCUGGACGGAUGCGCUGCGCGUGGAACUGCAGCAGUACGGCAUGGAGGUGGUCAACUUCAUACCAGGAUCCUUUGUCCUGGACAGCAACAUCGCAGCCAGACAGCAGCAGCAUGCUCAGAAGAUGCGCGAGGCCUUCAGCCCGGAGCAACACGCUCUGUACGACACGUACUUCGAAGCCUUCAAUGGUUAUCUGAAAGUUCUGAGCGGCUUCAAGCCGCCCAAUCGGCUGAGGAACGAGUCGCUGCUGGCCAAAUUUAAGGAUGCAUUGACCAGCUCACAACCAUUGGCCUUGUACAUCGAGGAACCCCGUAGAUAUCGCCUGUAUCGCUGGCUCUUCUCGCUGUGCCCCACGCCGCUGGUGGACUGGCUUACGGUGCGCUUCUGCGCCAUGCCCACCUACGAGUCAACAAACAGGCGGGAGAAGAUUUAGAUUAAUCCGUAGUCUAUACAUUUUACAUAUACAUUGUAGCACAUUGGAAUACUUGGCUAAGGGCUGUGGCAAAUAAAUCGAGCUGAAUCCAGGGAAUCCAUGGAAAA